CCGAUGCAAACCUCAGUGCCCAACAACUGGUGAAUUCAUCUGCUCGACUGCUCUAGCGUCCACCGUCCAAGCUCCGGAGUGCGACAGCCCGCCUGCAGUGAUGGCGCCCAAGCACCUCAACCGCCGCCGCCACCUCCUCUUCGGCGCCGCGGCGGUGCUGGUCCUCCUCCCCUCUGGAUCCAGCGCCACCGCCGUCGAGUACUGCAAAAAGGGGCGGGACUACCCAGUGAAGGUGAGCGGCGUGGAGGUCGUCCCCGAUCCCGUCGUCAGGGGGGAACCGGCCACCUUCAAGAUCUCCGCCUCCACAGAUAAAAACAUCACUAAAGGGAAACUGGUGAUAGAUGUUGCGUACUUCAUUUUCCACGUCCACUCAGAAACUCAUAACCUCUGCGAUGAGACUUCUUGCCCAGUAACAGGUGAAUUUGUGCUAGCUAGCCAACAGACAUUACCAUCAUUCACCCCGCCAGGUUCCUACACCCUCACGAUGAAGUUGCAGGGGGACAGCAACGAGGAACUUACCUGCAUCUCCUUCGGGUUCAGCAUCGGGUUUGUUACGCCAAACCCCAUCAUCUAAGCCUGAUUUCAAGUUUGCCAUGGAUGUAGUUACAUGAACCUUAAAGUGCAACAUAUUCUUCCAUAUGACUCAGAAUGUGUGCUCAACUGUUGUCUUGUAUUCGGAGCUGGACACCCGACCUAACGAUCUAACUACAUACGGUGUUAUCAUGGACCUACCUGAGUUUGGUGCUCCAUGUCAGCAUGUUGUUUACAUGUAUAAUAUAUAUAAAAAAUUGAAAUCUCCUUUCGGUAA